UUAAAUUGAUUAAUACUCUUGUUAGAGUGAAACUAACUCAUCAGUAAGUUUAAGGACAAAAAGACUCACUACUACAGCUACGUACAAACCAACAUUGUGAAACUAAGUCUAAUCAAAUCUAAAAUAAUGUAGAAUCAGAGCGGAUCUAACAUGCUGCACGACUUUUUCCAUUAUCUCAUUUACUUAACAACUUUCUUAGGCAUUUAGAAAAGAAAAAUGAGAGAGAAAGAUAGAGAGAGAGAGAGAGAGAGAGAGAGAGAGGGGUGGUAGUCGGACGACGAUCACUAGCAAGGCGGACGACACUGAAUCAAGAGCGUGCAGGAUCCUGGGGUAGAAGCAGAAUCAGAAGGAGGGAAACAGAGGAACAGAGGCGAAGGCAACAUGAGCAGAACCAGACUCGGAAGUGGAAGAACGAGGGUGCUUAUGACAAGGGAUUGUAUAAGCAAGCCACACCAUACUUUUUCUCCAAUUUUCCGGAUGACUGGAGCUAUGCAGACAUGUGGAGAACAUUUCGAAAAUUUGGAAGGAUAUGAUGAUGGGAAGAAAGAAGAAGGGGAGCGGAGGAAUUAUCAAGCUGUGGUCCCAAAAAUUCAAGACAAAAGUUAUGCAGAAGUGGUGCGGGGAUUACAGGAAAGAGGACCGAAAAAGGGGGGAGAUUCUCUGCCCAAUCAAGAAUUAGAAAGAAGGCCAACAAGCAGCAGCAACAAAACCAAAACCGUACAUGGAAGCUUCAGUUAUAGGAGAGUUUGGAAGGAAAAAGGAAUAGGAAAAAGGUGGGAAGGAAUUGAGUAUAAUGCAAAACCAGAAGAUUAUGAAUGGCUUAAAGGGUGCUAUGUAGGAAUGGUUCAUUCCGUUGAGAUGGUUCGAAAUCUUCAGGAGAAAUUUUACAUGGAGGGUUAUUUUUCCUGUCGGAUUCAAGCUAUGGGUGGGAAGAUGGUCUUGUUAGAUUGUGAGGAGAAAAAUGAACUGAAGGAUCUUGUGGAAAUGGCCUCAGAUUGGCUAAGCCAAUGGUUUGAAGUUGUGCGUCCUUGGACACCGGAAUCAGUAGCUAAUGAGAGAUUCGUGUGGGUUAGAUGUCAAGGGGCACCAUUAAAUGUAUGGGGGCUGGAUUUCUUUGCAAACAUGGCCUGUUCUUGGGGAAAAUUCAUCUGUUUAGAUGAUAACGCAAGCAAAAAAGUGAGAUUCGACAUUGCAAGAUUCUUGAUCUCUACUCCGAUUAGAAAUACAAUAUCGGUUGUUCGCCAAAUUCUAAUCAACGGGAAAGUAUGCAAUCUGAAAUUCACAGAAGAGGAAUUUACCAACAGUUUCUUUUCCCUAAAACAUGACUUCUUCCCAACAUUGCAAAGUGAUUCCGAAGAGAAUGAAGGAUGGUCAACCGAAAGUGAGAGGGAGAAACAAGAUUUUGCAUUUGCAGAGAAGUAUGCCCAGGCAAAUGGAAGCUGUCUUCAGGAAGAAGAUGAUGACGUGGCGGGUUGGCUGAGAAGGGGAAUGGAGAAACCUCGGGAACAUACCACAUCGGGGAAGGAGAAAUAGUGUGUCACAGGGGAGGACAGCCUGGAACUCAUUCAAAAUUUGAACGAGAUAGAGAAUAGAGUAGGGGCAGAGGA